UCCCAGAAGUGCCGGAAAAGGGAAGUUUUGGGCGGUGCGUGGCUCCUUCACCUCCCCUUCCGCCGCCUGCUCCGCCUCCAGUUGCUGCGGAGCGGGGCCGUCGGGCAGUUUUCGGCAUGGCAGUGGACUGGUUCGGCUUUGGCUACGCCGCCCUGGUGACAUCAGGAGGGCUCAUUGGCUAUGCAAAAGCAGGUAGUGUUCCAUCACUAGCUGCUGGCCUUUUCUUUGGGGGUUUGGCUGGACUGGGUGCUUAUCAGCUCUCACAGAAUCCAAGUAAUAUUUGGCUUUCUCUGAUUACAUCUGGAACACUCUCUGCCAUCAUGGGAACAAGAUUUUACAACUCCAGAAAAUUCAUGCCUGCGGGGCUAAUUGCUGGUGUCAGUUUGCUAAUGGUUGGAAGAUUAGCACUGAAGAUGUUGGAAAAGCCCCAGGAGAAGUAGCUGAUCAUUUUACAGCCUAAUAUUUGGAUAAGGAAACCUGAUAAAGAGGUUGCAUAAAUUCAGAAGCAUGAAGAUGGAACAAUUUUCUAUAUCAAGACGUUUUUCCCCUUUUUUACAUAAAGGGGAGUAGAAUGAUGGGACAGAUAGUUUAUAAGCAUUUGUUUAUAUACAUUUGUUUCAGUGAUCAGGUAGACCUAUUUGUGUCCAGAGAGAAAUGGGUCCUGGGUUUGAUUUUUCCAGAUAUGAAUCAGUGUAUUUUAACACUUUCAGUUUUUAUUAUUCUGCUGACAUAAAUGAAGCAGAGCAAACCUGUAACUAAGAAAAUAACCACAGAAAGGCACCAGGAGUAAUUUGCUAAAUACAACAGUGUAUCUCAAACCUUUUGUACUUAGUAUUACAGCACGCUUUACCUGUUGCAUCUGAGUUGAUACACCACAUCUGUAUAACAUCAAACAGAUCUUACAUUUUUAUCCUGAAAUGAUGCUAAAAUGUUGCUUUUGUACAAGUAAAUUCUAUUACAAACCUUUA